AUGUCUCCACUGUCUGGGCAGUUUGGUCUCAUCCGGAUCUGGUCAACUCCAUCAAUCCAUCAAGUCUUCUGUCUGUGGAGGUCGGUCCAGCGUUUCAAGCUGGACGGAGGAGAGACGAGCGGGGCCGAAGGCCCGGCCUUCGUGCUGCGCCACAGAACUUCAAACCUUGUCGAACACACGACAGAUAGCACGCCUACAGAUCCCGUGAGUUCCCGGGAGAAACGAGACACGCCCACCUCAGGUCCUUCAACGAGUCACCUCAGCGCCUCAGAGUGCCCCUCACACAAUGGGUGUGUCCCGGACUGCGAUGACGACAGAAGAAUAAACGAGGAGGACGACAGAGGGAGAGAAGGAAAGGAGGAGAAGGAGCGGAAGGAGGAAGAGGAUGAGAAGAGCAGUGAUGAAGGUUUCAUGGGAAUGACUCCGCUCCUGCAGGCUCACCAUGCCAUGGAGAGGAUGGAGGAGUUCGUACACAAGGUGUGGGAGGGCAGGUGGCGCGUCAUACCUCACGACGUGCUCCCCGAUUGGCUGAAGGACAACGACUUCCUGCUUCACGGCCACAGGCCGCCCAUGCCUUCGUUCCGCGCCUGCUUCAAGAGCAUCUUCAGAAUCCACACGGAGACGGGAAACAUCUGGACACAUCUGCUAGGAUGUUUGUUCUUCCUCUUUCUGGGUCUGAUGUACAUGUUCAGGCCUAACAUGUCGUUCGUGGCUCCGGUCCAGGAGAAGGUGGUGAUCGGGAUGUUUUUCCUCGGGGCCAUCCUCUGCCUCUCCUUCUCUUGGCUCUUCCACACAGUCUACUGCCACUCUGAAGGCGUCUCCAGAGUCUUCUCCAAGUUGGACUACAGCGGGAUCGCCUUCCUGAUCAUGGGAUCGUUCGUCCCCUGGUUGUACUACUCCUUCUACUGCUCCCCUCAGCCCUGCUUCAUCUACCUGUUAGUGGUGUGCGUGCUGGGAUUGUCCGCCAUCACUGUCUCGCAGUGCGACUUCUUCGCCACGCCGCAAUACAGAGGAGUCAGAGCAGGGGUGUUUGUGGGUCUGGGUCUGAGCGGCGUGGUUCCCACCCUGCACUUCGUCAUCAGCGAGGGUCUGAUCAAAGCCACCACAAUGGGUCAGAUGGGCUGGCUGCUGCUCAUGGCGACGCUCUACAUCACCGGCGCCUGUCUGUACGCUGCUCGCAUCCCUGAGAGGUUCUUCCCUGGCAAGUGUGACAUCUGGUUCCACUCCCACCAGCUGUUCCACAUCUUGGUGGUCGCGGGGGCUUUCGUUCAUUUCCACGGCGUCUCCAACCUGCAGGAGUUUCGCUACACGGCGGGAGCGGGCUGCGCCGACGACGGCACUCUCUAACACACACACACACUCAUUCACUCACACGCAUUUUACAACAGGGGAGGCACUGGUUCACACACACACACUUGCACAUGCAAACCUAGAAGACAUGCACACACACGAGCUCUCCCCCUUCGAGACUGAAGACGGAAGAAGUGACUUGUCUGGUGUGUGUUUGUGUGCGUAAUACACAGGAUGUCCUCCCAGGGGGCGCUGUUAAAAAAGACUGACAAGGGUGUUUUGUUCUCAUUCUGUCUCCUUUGUCCGUCUGUCCAUCCCCAUCUCCUCCAGCUCUGUCGACUAUAAAACCACUUUAAAGACGGGGUUUUAUAAACUCUCUGUUUGUUUUCGGAGGAGGGGCGAGGCGUUCAAAACCUCCCUUUAAUAAUCCAACAUUUUCUUCUGUGUUGAGUUUUAAUGGUUUGAUUUGAAAAGCGUAAUUAUGGCUUUAAAAAAAUUUGGGGGUGUUUUUUGUUUUGUUUUUGUUUUUUUGUUUUUUUUGCUGAAUGCUGUUUUCAUACUUUAGCAUUCAAAAAUGAAAACAAGGAAAGAGAUGAGUGGAUUUCUUCCAUGAUUGUGAAGGUAGCAGGGGGAGAUGUUGGGAACCAGGGUGGGCGAGGGGUUACUAGUCACUUUUAAAAGUAAAAAAAAACAAAAAAAAAAACUUUUCCAUGUAAAUAAGAUUUCUAAAUUUUGGGUUAUAGAUUUGUAUGAAAUAUAUAUUAAAAAAGAACAAAAAAAAUGAUGUUACAAUACGAUGGCAAGAAUAAAUAAAUAUGUUAGAUGAUAAAUCAAUUAAGGAUGGAGAGGUGUUAUAUCUACACUUCCUCCUGCAGUGAAAGGCGACGGAGAGAAUAACACAGUAAUACUGCAGCCGGAGGGAAGCGCUUCAUGUAGUCUGUAUAUGCAAGGAUGAGAGGCAGAGGUGGAGGCGAGGAGGAAAUAUAAGGCACAACAUCUGAAUCUUAUCAAACACACGGCGACUUCAGGACUCAGAGUCGUUUUUUCUGACCUGAAGAUCUUGAAAUAUAAACGAGGAGACGGCAGAUCGCUUGUCCUGUGCUCAGACGUUUGUGCUUAAAACCAAAUUUAAAGUCCAUGAUUUUAAAACUUAUUUCCAUAUCACCAAUGUAUGUUUCUUCCCUUCAAUGGUUCAUUAAAAGAUAUUUUUAUAAACAAAUCCCCAGAGGAGGAGUCACAUAUUUGGUAAAACAGACGCAGACGCAGUUCAUCGUCGUCUUCCUCGUCUGUGACGCUUGAUAAGAUUCACCUCCUCACAGAUCAACGAUACUCUGCCUGAAAACACGUGUUUCUUUUUGAUUGGAUUGUAUUUUUAAUUUAUCCACUGCUGUUCUCGGUAUUAUUAUUAUUAUUAUUAUUAUUAUUGCAAGCUUUAAUUUCACUUUAUUCUCUUCUGAUAUUUAUCAUUUGUUUCUGGUAUUUAUCAUUUGUUUCUCUCAUUCAGCCACAGAUCAUGUGGAAAAAUAACAAAAUUUUCUCUAAAGAUCUG